GUUGACUCAACAGGCACAUGUGCGCCCGUGGUGCUGAAGGAACAGCUCAGUGAGCCCCGUCGCAAUGAAACAGCCCGGUGCUUCCUCAUCACCAUCACUCCUCAAAGUUUGCUGCUCAUUUCAUUCGCUCUGACCAUGAAGAGACAAAACAUCAGGACCCUCGUGUUAAUCAUCUGCACUUUCACUUAUUUGCUUGUCGGAGCGGCUGUUUUUGACGCUUUAGAGUCCAAGAUGGAGAUCACCCAAAAGAAAGUCCUGGACGAUCGGAAGCGAGAGCUCAUGGACAAGUAUAACUUGAGCAAAGUGCAUUUUGACGAGCUGGAGCGGGUCGUGCUGCAGCUGAAGCCGCACAAGGCUGGGGUCCAGUGGAGGUUCGCUGGCUCCUUUUACUUCGCCAUCACGGUCAUUACCACUAUAGGAUAUGGUCACGCGGCCCCCAGCACGGAUGGUGGGAAGGUGUUCUGCAUGUUCUACGCUCUCCUGGGGAUCCCCCUCACCCUGGUGAUGUUCCAGAGUCUGGGUGAACGCAUCAACACCUUUGUCAAGUACCUGUUGCACCGUCUCAAAAAGUGUCUUGGCCUUCGGAAUACCGAGGUCUCGAUGGCCAACAUGGUGUGCAUUGGCUUGAUUUCCUGCAUGAGCACCUUGUGUGUAGGAGCAGUGGCUUUCUCCCGCUAUGAGGACUGGAGCUUCUUCCAUGCAUAUUAUUACUGCUUCAUAACCCUCACCACCAUUGGUUUUGGGGACUAUGUAGCCCUGCAGAAGGAUAAUGCAUUACAAACCAACCCCCAGUACGUCGCGUUUAGCUUCAUGUACAUCCUCACGGGACUCACGGUCAUCGGCGCCUUCCUGAACCUGGUGGUUCUGCGUUUCAUGACCAUGAAUGCCGAGGACGAACGUCGCGACGCCGAACAGCGUACACUGCUGUCCCGAAACAGGCAGACCGGUGGCACUGGAACCAACCAUUGCAUGUCCGACCCGCCAUCUUCAUCCACUGCGGGCCAUGGAGGAGGGUCCGGGAAAGGGUUAUGUAACGUCUAUGCAGAAGUGCUGCAUUUCCAGUCAAUGUGCUCUUGUCUCUGGUACAAAAGCCAGGAGAAGAUGCGCUACUCAAUUCCCAUGAUUAUCUCUCACGAUCUGUCCACUUCAGACACCUACAUGGAGCACAGCGAGACUUCCGACGCCCUUCACUCAAACGGCUGUGUGUGCAGUGCCUUGCAGGAGCACUCGGCCACCAGUUCAGUGUACACGGGCCUGCUCUGCCCCGCACAUUACCAAAGACUCUCCAAACGCCGCAGCUCCAUCUAGAGGGCUGGAGGAUGUAUUGCAUGUGAAUCUCUUUAGCCUUACGAAACCAACCACUGUUAUACUUGGGGUUGAAAAAACGCUGCUUCUAAGCUGCUUGUAUCCUCUGUCAGUCAAAUAUAUAUGUGUAAUGUAGUGAUAGACGGGGGACAGGUGCUGCUUGAGGACUGGAGACGUAGCAGCGUGCAAUAAAAGCAGGGUAAAGGCCUGUAUUAAUUGAGGUACACUUUCAGGAUUUCGAGAAAAGACAAAACGCAAACUGCUAGCUCUUCAAUGAGCUCAAGGGUAAAUGCAGGUCUUUCAAAACCAACAAGUCCCAAAGUGUCAGGCUCUUCUGGUUUUGAGCUGAAUAGAUCGUUUUUGUGAUGCAACUGUUUCUACAGUGAAUACUUUAUUAUCUUUUUAGGAUUUAGGAGGUAAUAGUAAUUAGUAAAGAAAUAAAAUAUUUUAAAAAACUAUUAUUUUGUAUGAGAACUUUGCUAAUGAUUAGUAUAAACUUUAGUUAGAGAAGUGCCGUAUUUAAUUUCUGAUGGGAACAGAGUGCUGCAGUGAUGUUGUAUUUUUGUAGGCCAUCCCGAAGCUUAGCUGGUUCCCUUAAUGUUUUGUUCAUCAUGAUAAUCUUCGUAAACUAAUACAACUUUUAUGAAUUUUGAAGCCUAAAUUCCAUCACCAGAAGUAAAAAGCUAAAUAUAGGCUAUAAAUACUGAACUAAAUACUCAGUCACCACCAUUAAGCUUCUGAUUUCUUUAUUUAAAGGGGUCACAUG